GUCUGAAGUCGGCGGCCGUGGCCUUGGGACAGAGGCUCUGUUGGGGAGACCGUCCCUCCUGCGCAGAAGCGGCCCCCGGAGACCGGCUGUGUUGCGCCAACUCGCUGCGCCCCUUUCCCGCGUAUCCUGCGCGGUACUGGGCUCCACUGGGGUCUCGGGCUGGCCCUCCCUCGGCACAGAGCUGGGACCCGGCUCAGGUCGACUCGCAGGUUUAAUUGGAAUUCUUCAAAAUGUCAGAUCUCCCCACAACCCCUGAGAAACCUGCAGAUGAAAAGGAGAAUCAAAUAAAGUCACCUGAUCCAAGGCCUGGUGCCCCUCCUCAGUACAGUUCCAGUUUUGUACCAGGGCCCCCUGGACCGGCUAUCCCUCCACCUGCAGGCUACCCAGGAGGCUUGCCUAUGGGAUACUACGGCCCACAUCAGCCCAGUACCUUCCCCUUGUACAUGCAGACUGGAAGUAUCUGCCCCAUCCAGUACCAACCUGGAAAAUAUCCUGCACCACAACUUUCUGCUCCAGUAAUAUGGAUGCCCGUGCCGACUCCCAUACCACACUGUCCUCCGGGUCUGGAAUGCCUUGCCCAGUUGGACAACAUACAUGUUCUUCAGCAUUUUGAACCUCUGGAAAUGGUAACAGGUUUUGAAACUAAUAAUAGAUAUGAUAUUAAAAACAACAUGGGCCAGAUGGUUUACUUUGUGACUGAAGACACAGAUGACUACACCAGGAAUGCUUACCGGACAUUGAGGCCCUUCGUGCUCCGAGUCACUGACUGUAUGGGCCAGGAAGUCAUGACAAUGCAAAGACCUUUCAGAUGCACCUGCUGCUGCUUCUGUUGCCCCUCCACCAGGCAAGAGAUGGAGGUUCAGUGUCCUCCUGGCGUCACCAUUGGCUUUGUAGCCGAACACUGGAACCUGUGCAGGGCAGUGUACAGCCUCCAAAAUGAGAAGAAAGAAGAUAUGAUGGGAGUACUUGGGCCAUGUUCCACCUAUGGCUGUGGUUCAGAUUCUGUUUUUGAGAUCCUGUCCCUGGAUGGUGUUUCCAUUAUUGGCAGUAUCACUCGGAAGUGGAAUGGUGUGUUAUCAGCAAUGAGCGAUGCUGACCACUUUGAAAUUCACUUCCCAUUAGACCUGGAUGUGACCAUGAAAGCCAUGAUUUUUGGAGCUUGCUUCCUCAUUGACUUCAUGUAUUUUGAAAGCUCUCCACCACAACGUUCAAACAUUCAUCAUGAUUGAUGGAACCACACAUCAGCAAUGGUGAUUAAUUAAAGAAAAAUUUAGAAAAGUUGCCUGGGCUCAUAGUCAGCCCUCAAGUAUUCACAAAUAUAUUUAUCUGCUCUUGAAGAUUAAUGUUGUUGGAUGUUAGCAUUGACAGGUAGACUGAGAGUGUAAGUGGAAGAACACAUCUAAAUGUGUUUCAGUUGCGUAUCUGUCUACUUGGUAGACAUGGAGUUUGCCAUGAAAAAACUAUGACUCAUUAACCAAGUGAAUAUAUAUAUAUGGUGAACUUUCAAACACUUUAAACAUGAGAUAAGAGAAAAUGAAUCCCAAAGCUCUUACACUAAUUGAUAGUAAAAUGAUAGUCUUUUAAGAGCAAUCUUUGUUGAGAUAGAGUCAUAUAGGCUGUAUCUCUAACCCUUUCGUCUCCUUGCAGUUGCUGAAGACAAGUUUGAUUCCAGGUGAAAAGAAUGAUACACUUCAUUAUUAAAAACAAAAAGGAAGGCAGAUAGAAAUAUGUUUUAUUGCACAAGAAAAAUUUUACUUGUGCAAAUGUAUCAGAAAUUUGUUUUGAAAACUUAUGAAAAUUUCCAUGGAACUUUUUAUUUUAUUACAAAAUAAAACAUGUUUUUUAUAUCAUAAGGUUAUAUUUCCCAUGCUUCAUUUACUAGCAUACACAAUCAGGAGCUGUCUCCCUAUGAAGAUAGGGUCAGACAAUCAGGAAAAGAGGUGACCAGGGCCAUGACCAAUCUGGAUCUCUGAGCAAUUUAGAGACAUCAGUGCCCUUAUGAGAAGCUUUCCUUUUAUACAUUUAACCUCUCUUAGCUAUAGAUGACUUACAUAUAAAAUAGGUUUGGUCAAAUCUCUAGGACUGCCUGUUAAACAUUUGUAUCUUAUUUGGUAUGACACAGAAGAGAUGGUUUUUUUUCUCUUAAAAGAAGAUCCCUAAUCAAACCAGGCUGUUCAAAUUGCAAGAGUUGGAGUUUCACUUUUAAAUUUUGAAAUGUGACAUUCUGUGUAGCAUUUUGUAAAUGCAAAAACUGAAAAAGCAGAUACUGUGUAAUAUUACUUUGCUGUUUUUUGUUUAAAUGGUAGAUAAAUCUGUAUCUAGGAAAAGAAAAUGAUAAAAGAGCAAACAUGCUACUUCUCUGGAAUCUACAGCUUAUCAGUAAAGGUUAUUUGGACUAACAUAGUAAAUGUAAAAAUUGUACUUAUUUGUAUUAGCUAAAAGCACACUUAGUGAACACACUCUGAUAAAUCAGCUUGCCUCUACUGCACUUUAGUUUCCUAUUUGGACAUGAACUGUGUUCUUUCAACACAACAAGUAUAUAGAAUAGAAUGUGUUCUGUUGCUGCUUAUUAAAAGAAGCAAGACUUAAUGUGCUUAAGUAUGAGAUGAAAGCCUUUGCCCAUUGAAUUUCCUAUUGAAGUUUGUAUUGAAGUGAAAGAAAGAUGCCUCAUUUUUAAAUUAUAUUCAUGUUUUCAUGAUAAAUGUUGUUUUACCCAGUUUCUUGCAAUGUUCAUUUUUAUAUGCUACUGUUAGCUUUCUAAAAAAAUUUGAUAUAACAAGUGAGACAAUAGUAUUCAGAAAGUUUACUAUAUAAACUUUUCAUUUUUAUUUGCUACAUCCCUACAUUCUAAGGCCUAAUGCAUAAUACUAGGAAAAAAUUAGUUUUAGCAUGGCAUUUAAAAUUUCUAUUUAAAGUUUUUGCAGUAGUAACACGUCUCUUACAAUUUCCUUCUUUAAAAUAAUAUUGUUUCUUAUGUUUUUAUACUACAGUUUAUAACUUUUAUAUUUCUUAUAUAAAAAUAAGAAAUAUAUAAAAAUACACAAUAUUUCAUUGUGCAAAACUGAUCAGACUGAUGAACACAACAAGCUGUUUUCUGAAAUGUGUGUGUUUUCAUGUUUCAUCAUAUUGUUUUUGGCUUCUAAACAAAUAUAAUAUGGUUUAUAGUGAAAUACUGUUUUAUUUUUGACUUGUGAUUGAGUCUUUGCAAUAGACUGUUUGUAUCCUCCCUCAACAAAAUUUAUAGGUUACCCAAGUGUGAUGGUGUUUGGAGUGGAGGCUUCAGGAGGUGAAAGGUCAUGCAGGUGAAGCCCUCAUGAAUGGGAUUAGUGCCCUUAUAAUCUGCCAACCUUGAUCUUGAACAUCCCACCCUUCAGAGCCAUCAGAAAUCAAUGCAUUGUUUAAGCCACUCAGUCUACAGUAUUUAUGUAAUAGCAACCCAAACAGACUAAGAAACAAAUUGGUACUGAGAAGUGACAAUGGUGCAUAACAAAUAUGUAAAAAUGUGGUACUGGGUGAGGAAUAGAGGCUAGAAUUUUGAAGUGCAUACUGAAAAAAACAUAGGUUGCCAUGAACAGAAUUUUAAAGAUGAUUCCGAUGAGAGCUCAGAAAGAGGAACACUGUAGAAAACACCUUAAUCUUCUUAGAGAAUACCUAUCUACCCAUGAAUAGUAUGUUGGUAGAAAUAUGGACAAUAAAGACCAAGAUGGAAAUGA